AUGAUUGCUCGCACUCUCACGUCCUCAUACCUCAAGACAACUUCGGGCACAGAUACACAUUACCUACAAGGGGGUGGUCUUUCUGGUCCGCUUCUGGUAUGUCUCCAUGGGCUCGGAGGCUCUACCGAAACAUUCUCGCCGCUCGUACCUUUCCUACCCCAAGCCUACAACAUCGUUCUUGUCGACUUUCCUGGCUUCGGGAAGACGCCACUAGCAGGUUCUGCGAGUCCAAUCUCCGUUGAAAGGCUUGUUGCCGACUUGGGCGAUCUCAUUGCAUCUUUACAGGGAAGACCGAACAGCUCAGCCUCGUCCAAGGUUAUUAUCGUUGGGCAUUCUCUAGGCGCCAUUGUCGCUUUGCACUAUGCUGCGAAACAAUCCCAUUCCGUUGCAGGUCUCUUGCUCCUUGGUCCUGGUCGAGCGGCCGGUCACAUCACCGCUGUUCGACAGCGCAUGCUCGAUCUUGCGGCCGCGGUGAGGAAGGAAGGCAUCAAGCAUGCAGCGGAUCUUGCGGCCAAGUCUAACUUCUACGACGAUAGUGAAUCCGCAGCCAAAACCGGAAGGUAG